CCCCCCCUCCAGCCACCCCCCCCGCCCCGCCGCUUCCCGGUGCCGUCGCCGUCGCCGCCAUGCAGCCACCGCCGGGAGCUCGCCGGGUUUAAGGAUUUCGGUGUUGGACCCUCCCGUGAGCAGCGCCGCAGGACCAGCGUCACCAGCGAGGCCAGCCCGGCAGCGGGGCACCCGCGGGCCCCAUGCUCUGCUCGCCCCCCGCCUGAGAGCCCCCCCGCGCUGGAGACCCCCGCCAUGGCCAGCAACAGCAGCUCCUGCCCCACGCCGGGCGGGGGGCACCUCAAUGGCUACCCCGUGCCCCCCUACGCCUUCUUCUUCCCGCACAUGCUGGGGGGGCUCUCGCCCCCCAGCACCUUGGCCGGCAUCCAGCACCAGCUCCCUGUCAGUGGAUACAGCACCCCGUCACCUGCCACGGUGGAGACGCAGAGCACCAGCUCGGAGGAGAUCGUGCCCAGCCCCCCCUCGCCCCCGCCCCUGCCCCGCAUCUACAAGCCCUGCUUUGUGUGCCAGGACAAGUCCUCGGGGUACCACUAUGGGGUGAGCGCCUGCGAGGGCUGCAAGGGCUUCUUCCGCCGCAGCAUCCAGAAGAACAUGGUGUACACGUGCCACCGGGACAAGAACUGCAUCAUCAACAAGGUGACGCGCAACCGGUGCCAGUACUGCCGGCUCCAGAAGUGCUUCGAAGUCGGAAUGUCCAAGGAGUCCGUCCGCAAUGACCGGAAUAAGAAGAAGAAGGACGUGCCCAAGCCGGAGUGCUCGGAGAGCUACAUCAUCACCCCUGAGGUGGAGGAGCUCAUCGAGAAGGUGCGCAAAGCCCACCAGGAGACCUUCCCCGCGCUCUGCCAGCUCGGCAAAUACACUACGAACAACAGCUCGGAGCAGCGGGUGUCCCUGGACAUCGACCUGUGGGACAAGUUCAGCGAGUUGUCCACCAAGUGCAUCAUCAAGACGGUGGAGUUCGCCAAGCAGCUCCCUGGCUUCACCACGCUCACCAUCGCUGACCAGAUCACCCUCCUCAAAGCCGCCUGCCUCGACAUCCUGAUCCUGCGGAUCUGCACGCGCUACACGCCGGAGCAGGACACCAUGACCUUCUCGGACGGGCUGACGCUGAACCGCACGCAGAUGCACAACGCGGGGUUCGGGCCCCUCACCGACCUGGUCUUCGCCUUCGCCAACCAGCUGCUGCCGCUGGAGAUGGACGACGCCGAGACGGGGCUGCUCAGUGCCAUCUGCCUCAUCUGCGGAGACCGCCAGGACCUGGAGCAGCCCGACAAGGUGGACAAGCUGCAGGAGCCACUGCUGGAGGCGCUGAAGAUCUACGUGAGGAAGAGGAGGCCCAACAAGCCCCACAUGUUCCCCAAGAUGCUCAUGAAGAUCACGGACCUGCGCAGCAUCAGCGCCAAGGGCGCCGAGCGGGUGAUCACGCUGAAGAUGGAGAUCCCGGGCUCGAUGCCGCCGCUCAUCCAGGAGAUGCUGGAGAACUCGGAGGGCAUGGACACGCUGGGGGGGCAGGCGGGCGGCCCCCGCGGGGGCAGCCUGGGGCCCCCCCCGGGCAGCUGCAGCCCCAGCCUCUCGCCCAGCUCCAACCGCAGCAGCCCGGCCACGCACUCGCCGUGACCCGCGCCCGGCGCGCACCAGGACAGAGCCCGGCACGGCCGGACACGGCGGGGGCCCCGCGCCCCGGCCCGGCUGCAGCCCCCCCGCGGGGCGGACUCCUCGGCAGCCCCCCCGCCGGAGCGGCCCCCGCGGGGAGCCCCCCCAGCCCCGGGCCCAGCGCGUUGGUUGAGUCACAUUUCAGGGGCGCGGGGACCUUCGGCCGCGGCCCCGGGGACGCCCCGGCCCCACCAGCACCAGCACCCACGGGAUCGCGACCACCGAGCCACUUCUCCCCCCGCCCCUCGCUCCGCCCCGGCCGUCCGAGGUGGGGGGGGCACCCCGGACAGCCCCGCACGCCGAGGAAGCAGAGUCAUUUAAAAGAGAAAAGAAAGCAAAGUAUAUAUAUAUAAAUAUCUAUAAAUAUCUAUAAAUACGUUUUAAAACCUUUGUAAAAGUUUGGAGGGGUUUUUAGGCCUGUGCAGGUGGAGGGGGCACGGCGGGCGCUGCCGGGGGAGGGGCGGGGGGGGGCACACGGUUUAUUAUUAUUAAAUUUUUUUUUUUGUUGUUGUUGAGAUUUUAGUGGAUUUAGAGUCGGGGGGCACCGGGCGGGCCCUGCCCCGGCCCCCCCAGGCGGGGAGGGGGCUGUGGGGGGGCACGUGGUGGUGCCAGCCCCGGCCUCGCGGGGAGGGGGGGCCCGGCCCUGCCGG